UCGUUCACUAAAAAGAUCCGUUCUUCUGAACGAAACGUUCGCGAACGUAACAACACUAGGGCGCAUCAAAUCUUUUCAAUCUUUGACUUUGCGCACUUCCGAUUCCCUCCAACCGCUGCCUCUAGUUGGAGACCAGAAGAUGAACUCCUUGGUGAAAUGGGCUCUAUUUCUUUUUGUCCUCGUUUCUCUUCUUUUGAAUAUUAUUCUGAUAUGCAUAUAUUCUAGCAGGGCACCCAAAUGCUCAGCUCAGCGUGCGCAUCCAGUGAGGAGCAAACACGACGAGCGCAGCCGCGUGUUCGCUGAUCUCACUCGGGAUGAGUAUUUGCAGGCCCAGCAGUACAUGCUCAAACAGAAGGACUUGGAUAUAUCAACCAGGCAGCUCACCAAGCCCUCGGAAAACUUCUUGUUCUUAAUAGAGCUUUCCCUGCCCAGGAAAGUGGACGUGUUGUCUUACUUGGACGGCGUCGGUUCCAAGCCAGUGCGCGAAGCCACCGUGGUGGUCUUCUACGGUUCCAGGGGCCACAUUAAGGAGUACGUAGUGGGCCCUCUACCUAACCCCACAUACCACCAAGAUGUCACCAAGAAAAGGUACAAGACGGAGCUGCCUAUCAACGCGCGCACGGUUACUAUCGGGGAGUAUGAAUUGUUGUUCAAGUUUAUGCAGCAACAGCUGUUCUCCAAGCUGCCGCAGCUCAUGAAAGAGAGCUUCGGUGCCGGCAAGGAGCUACACCAUUUCGAGCAAAUGCCCCGCGGCGUGCGAUCAGGCGACAGAACGAGCUGGGUGUCUUUUUUCAGGGACUCGAGUGGCGUAUACAUCCACCCGGUGGGUUUCGAGGUUCUCAUCAACCACGGGAGCGUCAAUGAAUCGGAAUGGAAAGUGGAGAAACUCAUGUAUAACGGUCAGUAUUUCGACACCGUAGAAGAACUUCAGCAGAAAUAUGCCGCGGGGUCUGUUCAAAGAAUCAUUUACAAGGAGCCAGUUGAUUAUGGUUCUCUGAAGCCCAAGCACAAGCCGCUACAGCUGAGCCCCGUGCAGUACUACACGGAUGGAAAACGCUUCAGCGUCAGCGGUAACCACGUCCUCUAUCUGGACUGGAGCUUUGCUUUUGGCUUGAGUUCCCUUACUGGGAUGCGGGUCUUCGACGUGCGCUUUAAGGGAGAGAGGAUUGCAUAUGAGCUGAGCGUGCAGGAGGCCAUGUCUGUGUACGGAUCGGUGACGCCGGGGAUGAUGAUCACCAAGUUUUUGGACUCCAGCAUCGGAAUCGGCCGUUUUGCACAUGAACUGGUCCGUGGCACCGAUUGCCCCCAUGACGCCACCUACGUUGACACAUAUCGCUACAUCGAUGUAAAAUUACCAGUUAGAUUCAGGAAUUCAAUCUGUAUCUUUGAGCACAACUUGGGUCAGCCCCUGCGGAGGCACUUUUCUGACUUUUUUAGAAAUAGUUAUGGAGGUAUGGUGAACAGCGCUUUGGUGUUCAGGACAAUCACUGCGAUAGGAAACUACGAUUACAUGUGGGAUUUCAUCUUCUACCAAAGUGGAGCCGUCGAAGCCAAGGUGCACGCCACAGGAUACAUCUCGUCAUCUUAUCUGGUGGACGGCAGUUUGAAAUACGGCCACCAGGUCGCGGAAAAUGUCCUAGGGAACAUCCACACGCACUUCAUCAACUUUAAGGUGGAUCUGGAUGUGUUGGGAGUCAAGAAUGUGUUCCAGACCAAAGAUAUGGAGUUUGUGAAUGUGACAUUACCAUGGAUGCCCGAUCGCUAUGCUAUGGUUCCGCAGCUGGUGGAGAAGCAACUUAAAACAGAACAGGAGGCAGCUCUGCGUCAUGGCACCAAAACUCCUCGCUACCUCCACAUUGCAAGCAACAAAACCAACGCAUGGGGUCAUCAGCGUUCCUAUAGACUCCAAGUAAUAAGCUUCACUGGAGACCAUCUCCCAGAGAGUGAGACAGAGGAGAGAGCCAUGUCCUGGGCCAGGUAUAAGGUUGCCAUUACUAAGUAUAAGGACUUAGAGCGGACCAGCAGCAGUUUGUAUAAUCAAAACAAUAUUUGGAACCCAGCAGUUGACUUCAGCAUGUACAUCAAAGACAAUGAAAACAUUGAAGAUGAGGAUCUGGUUGCCUGGGUGACCACUGGAUUCCUCCACAUCCCUCAUGCCGAGGAUAUCCCCAACACCGUAACUGUGGGCAAUGGUGGUGGGGUCUUGCUGCAACCCCAUAACUAUUUUGAUGAGGAACCUUCCAUUCACUCUGCUGAUGGGGUAUACUUCAGUCCAGGUAGUGAAGAAAGCUGUGAAUACAACCGGAUGGGCUGCCUUGCUCAAGAGACCUGCAGCGCUGUGCUGGAACCCUUCACAUAUAAUGGCUUUGAUGGAGCAAUGAAGUAUGAGGAAUGAAGGUGAUUUUUAAUUUUUUUUUUCAGCAAAGCUGAAAAGCAUCUUUUAGACAAAAAUUAUUUGUGCUACAUGAUUUAAAAGUGUGUCAAACAUUUUAGGGGUAAUGGUGAUUUUUGUCCAAAGUAAAAAAUAAAGUGCAAUAUAAAACACACAGACACCUAAGUGUCUGUGUGUUUUAUAUUAUGCUUUAACUAGGACUAAUUAGUUAUGCUCAUAGAUGUUUUAGUCGCUCUAUACUUCCCUUUGUCAUGCUCGUUUGGGUCCUCAUGUACAAAAGGUGCGUACGCACAAAAACGUGACAUGCGUUCUUUUUCAACGGCAAAGUUCAAAUGUAUCAAGAGUGAAAUGUAUGGUGCCUCACGCCAACUUCAUGGCUGACGUACGCACGUUUCUGCAGCUGUUGGUGCUUUGGCGACACUUAGAGGAGAUGCUGGGAAACUGUUAUCAUAAAUCUGCACAUCAGAGACACAUGAACAAUUAGCAGUGAUGAACAAUUAAUGCCCGGAAACAUUUUACUUCAACAAUGUAAUAGAGACAAUGACUCAGAAUUCAUUUGUUAACCAGUGGAUUUAAUGAAUCACUGAUAUUUGUGAAGACACCUAUUAAUUGAUCAAGGUGAUCAUUUAUGCCGCCCAUUGCCCUCACAAUCGCCUCCUGUGACUCCAACACAUGCAAUGAAAAAAAGAGUCCUUUGAAAGUACUUAAUUUGAACAUGUACAUUGGUUGCACAUGAUUAAAAUGUGUUAAAAUGACAUAUUUAAAUAUACAUAUUUUAUUCGGAGAAGAGGGUCUAAAUUAUGUCAUUUUAACACAUUUCAAUCACGUGGAACUGACGUUCAAAUUAAGUAAAUUCAAACGACUCUUUUUAUCAGUGCAGUUGCAGCCACGCGCUACAUGUUCGGGAGAUUCGUCCACCGUCCCUGGCGUCUCCUCCGGCAUCCUCAGCAUCUCCGACGCAAUUACACUCCAACUACCGGCUGCUGCAGCACACCUGCAGACUGAUAAAAAGAGGAUAUUUUUGUGCGUACGAUGUUUUCUGGAUUUGAGUGUUCGCCAUGUUUCAGUAAGAAAUCCACGCAAGUCUUUGUACAUGAGGCCCCUGGUUUUUAAACAUCCACACAUAAAUUGAGUUUGUCAGGCUUGUUUAAUAUCUGUCUUUUCUAAACAUGUAAAAAGGCAUUCCGCUGUAUUAUAUACAAAAACCCAUUUUACUUAGGUAACACUUACACUUAUUUUGAGCCGAAAAGAAUUGUGUAUGUAUUGGGAAGAUGUUUUGUGAAUGUACACUGACUGUGACACAUGCAAUAAUACUGUACUUGUAAUGUAUAAUUUUACAUGUUGUGUUGUUUUUGUUGUUGUUGGUUGUUUCUCCGGAUACUCCACUAGCAACAACAUCUCCAAAACAUGCAUGUUCGGCAGUCAAAAGGCACAGGCUGAAACUCUAGCUCACCUACGAAACUAAAAGGGUAGAAAAUAAAUAAACGACUGAUUUAUGUAGCUCACGCUAAGUAUUAAUGGAUCACUUUUUAUGUAUUGAGUUGGGUACAUGAAAUAAAAAUGUUCUGUCAA